UUUUCAGGUGUGAUAGGUUUCAUGUCAUUGCUCCACUUCGAUCUCGAUCCAGUAGUGAUGGUAUCACUUCUGAUGACCAUCGGUAUGAGCGUUGAUUACGUCGCUCAUGUAGCUUAUCACCUACAGUUGGAUUCGAAAGGAGUAAUCAGCGGAGGAUCUGUGGUACGAACUCCAAUCAGCGGUUUUGCUAAAAAGGUGGAAAAUACAGUGGAGUGUGUGGCGCUGCCAUUAGCGCAAUCGGCCUUAUCGACUAUCACCUGUGUUCUUCCUCUGCUGUUCCUUCACGUGAGUUUUCAAAUUGAAGUCUUCAUAAGGUAG